UAACAAAUAACAACUAUAAAAACUACGAUUAAUUUGACCGAAUUUGUUCACAAAAGAAAAAUGGUUCGUGCAUGGUACAUGGAUAACAGUGAUGUUGAUCAACGACUAGAACACCAUAGAGAACCACCUGAAUAUAUUUCCCUUGAAGAGUUAUUUAAGAAAACGGGUGUCGAAUAUUUUAAGGUCAAUUAUGAAGAAUAUAAAAAUGAUAAUACUUUAACACAAUUAAGAAAAAAACGCGGUUACACAUAUGAAGACGAAAUAGAAUGUUCCAAAAAGUGCCUUCCAAACUAUGAAGAGAAAUUGAAAAAUUUCUUUACUGAACAUCUUCAUACUGAUGAAGAAAUAAGAUUAGUCUUAAAUGGAUCAGGGUAUUUUGAUGUUCGCGACAAAGAUGAUCAAUGGAUACGUAUUGAAGUUAAAGCUGGAGACUUGAUAAUUAUUCCAAGUGGAAUAUAUCACAGGUUUACUUUAGACAUUAAUAAUUACAUAAAAGCAAAACGAUAUUUUGUGGGAGAGCCUGUUUGGUUACCUUAUAACAGGCCAGCUGAUGAUAUGGAAUGCCGUAAAAAUUAUCUAAAACGCUUGAACAAUAGUUUUUCAAUACAAUCUCUUUAA